UGAUGAAGUGAGAUUUCCUGUUUGGGGCUUGCAACCCGUGCUACUGAUGUUUCUAUUUGCUUGUGUCAAUGCGAAUUGUUGCAUGUGUGCUAGGAAUGUUUGUGAGAUUUAUUACUGUUUCCAAUUAGAGCCAGAAUUGAAGUAUGUAAAUCGUAAAGGUAAUUGUGUCAUGAAACUUUGGUCAUGUUGUGGCCCUAAAUGUGCCCCUAUGGGCUUUUUUACCCCUAGCUUCGUAGCUAUUCAACCUAGUCUCGAUAUCAUCCAUUAGAGACCCGUUGCUUUUAUAACUAUUCACCUUAUACACAGCAUUGUUGUGCCACCAUAUUUUUGUUGCUCGAGUUCAGUAACUUUAUUAACUUUAUCCGACAAGCUAAAAUUGUUUUGGAAAAUGCAACAUAGUGUUAUGGAAUUGUUGCUUUGAGGCCCUCAAAAAUCUGUUCAAUGGCAUGUAAUUAAGGAGCAUGUUUUCCACCAUUUACAAGACUCAGACUGACCACUCCUAUACCAAUUAUUACGGUAUAAAUCAUCCUGUCCACACUAAUGAAUUGCAACUCAACCAAUGGAGGGUUCCUUCAAACUUCAAUGUAAUUCAUCAACAUAAACAUGUAGUAAUAGCUAAUAUGCAUUCUAAGCAAACAAGCAAAAGCAAUAUGGGCAACACGAUAUGGAAAAUCGACUCUUUAAUUGGUGCAGCCGUGAAUUCUUAAUUUCGUACUACAAUGGGGACGGUGAAGGUGUAAGCAACUGCUACCAAGGAUGCAAGAACUUUACCUUGCUUUCUUACCCUUUUUUACGGUUCUGUUUAAACAUUUGAUAAAGGUAGAAGAGAAAACAUUGUUAUGCUCUGGUUAAUCAUACUGCCUGUCUAGAAAUGUACUCUGGAACUCUUACCAAGAUUACUGCAUUGACAUUACUCAAAACUUAUUUCUUGGAUUUUUUGUUGGGUUCUAGGAAGGAAUUGUAAAUCCUUGAAUGAGCUUGUAGAGUUCUUAGAUUUGUUGAGGGUUUAGAGGCCCUAUCUGGCCUUGUGUUGUUUUAGAGGGACACAUUCCCCUUUUGAGCGCUUUUAAUGAAUUUUUACUUAUCAAAAAAAAAAAAAAAAAAAAAAAAGAAGCACUCCCCUCCAUUAUAAUCUACUACUGCCAUAAAACAGCGUAAAAAAUUAAUUCAACAUAAAAUUCAAAUUAUACAUGGCCACAGACAUUUUUGCUAAGCAAAAGAUGCAUGUUACAUCUGACUUGAAUAUUAUUUUUUAAAUUAAAAAGGCUGAUGAUAAAUUAGGCAACCCUAGUUGGAUUGGAGUUCUUGAGGGAAGGAGGACUUUUGUUGGCUUAUUAGGGGUGACAAUGGGUGAUGCUGGAAACAUUGUUCGAGUUAAGCAGGAUGGAUUUUUUCCUGCAGAUCUGCUAUUCCUUGCUAGUACAAACCCAGAUGGUGUCUGCUACAUUGAGACUUCUAACUUAGAUGGUGAAACAAAUUUAAAGAUAAGAAAAGCAUUGGAAAAAACAUGGGAUCAUGUAUCUCCUGAGAAAGCCUCCGAGUUCAAAGGUGAAAUACAGUGUGAGCAACCAAACAAUUCAUUGUACACUUUCACUGGUAAUUUGAUGAUCCAAAAGCAAACUUUACCCCUUAGUCCAAAUCAACUUCUGUUGCGGGGAUGCAGUUUGAGAAACACUGAGUACAUUGUUGGAGUUGUUAUUUUUACUGGGCAUGAGACAAAGGUUAUGAUGAAUUCUAUGAAUGUUCCUUCCAAAAGAAGUACGCUAGAGAGGAAACUUGACAAACUUAUACUCGCUAUAUUUGGUCUUCUCUUCUGUAUGUGUGUGCUUGGGGCCAUAUGCAGUGGUGUAUUUAUAGAUCGUAAGUAUUUCUACUUGGGUCUUCGUGUACCAGAGAAUUUAGAUCCACAGUUCAACCCUGACAACAGAUUUAUGGUUAUCUUUUUGACUAUGUUUACCCUACUUACUCUGUAUUCACCAAUUAUCCCCAUUUCUCUUUAUGUUUCUGUUGAGAUGAUCAAAUUUAUUCAAUCCACUCAAUUUAUUAACAAUGAUUUGCGUAUGUACCACAAUGAAACCAAUACCCCUGCAUUAGCACGAACAUCCAAUCUCAAUGAGGAACUUGGACAGGUGGAAUACAUAUUUUCAGAUAAAACUGGAACACUGACGCGAAAUUUGAUGGAGUUCUUCAAGUGUUCAAUCGGAGGAGAGGUCUAUGGAACUGGUGUCACUGAAAUUGAGAUAGGAGGAGCACAGCGGAAUGGCAUGAAAGUUGGGGAGAAAUCUUCAAAAGUGGUACAUGAGAAGGGUUUCAAUUUUGAUGAUGCUAGGCUUAUGCGAGGUGCUUGGAGGAAUGAACCUAAUCCUGAUUUGUGCAAGGAAUUCUUCAGAUGCCUUGCUAUAUGUCAUACUGUACUUCCUGAGGGUGAGGAAUCCCAAGAAAAAAUUAAAUAUCAAGCUGCAUCUCCUGAUGAGGCUGCUCUGGUUACUGCUGCAAAGAACUUUGGCUUCUUUUUUUACAGGCGUUCACCUACUAUGAUCUAUGUUCGUGAGUCACAUACUGAGAAGAUGGGAAAGAUUCAAGAUGUUCCUUAUGAGAUUUUGAAUGUCCUUGAGUUCAAUAGUACGAGGAAGCGCCAGUCUGUUGUUUGUCGUUUUCCAGAUGGUAGGCUUGUACUGUACUGCAAGGGUGCUGAUACUGUAAUCUACGAAAGAUUGGCAUAUGGAAAUGAUGAUUUAAAUAAAACAACCAGGGAGCAUUUGGAACAAUUUGGAGCUGCUGGAUUGCGUACCCUUUGUCUGGCAUAUAGAAAUUUAAGUGCUGAUGUAUAUGAAAAUUGGAAUGAGAAAUUUAUUCAGGCAAAAUCAUCUCUGCAUGACCGGGAGAAGAAGUUAGAUGAGGUCGCAGAGCUCGUAGAAAAGGAUCUUGUUAUGAUUGGGUGCACUGCUAUCGAAGACAAACUUCAAGAAGGAGUACCAUCCUGUAUAGAGACUCUUUCUAGAGCGGGAAUCAAGAUUUGGGUGCUAACAGGGGACAAGAUGGAAACAGCAAUAAAUAUAGCUUAUGCAUGCAGGUUGCUUGAUAAUGGCAUGAAACAGUUUAUCAUUAGUUCAGAAACUGAUGCUAUCAGAGAAGUUGAAAGCAGAGGGGACCAAGUGGAGAUUGCACGCUUUAUGAGAGAUGCAGUAAAGAAUGAGCUAAAGAAGUGCCACGAGGAAGCACAAAACUGUCUUCAUACUGUAUCUGGACCAAAAUUAGCACUAGUAAUAGAUGGAAAGUGUUUGAUGUAUGCAUUGGACCCAAGUUUACGAGUAAUGCUACUGAAUUUGAGCUUGAAUUGUACUUCAGUAGUUUGCUGCCGAGUUUCUCCUUUACAGAAAGCACAAGUGACAAGCCUGGUCAGGAAAGGUGCACGGAGAAUAACACUUAGCAUUGGUGAUGGUGCCAACGAUGUUAGCAUGAUUCAAGCAGCUCAUGUUGGUGUUGGAAUCAGUGGGAUGGAAGGAAUGCAAGCAGUGAUGGCUAGUGAUUUCGCAAUUGCUCAGUUUCGUUUUCUUACAGAUUUGCUUCUUGUCCAUGGACGAUGGUCAUAUAUGAGAAUAUGCAAGGUUGUGACAUACUUCUUUUACAAGAAUCUUACAUUCACUUUGGUUCAAUUUUGGUACACCUUCCAAACUGGGUUUUCUGGUCAAAGAUUCUAUGAUGAUUGGUUUCAGUCUUUGUACAAUGUUAUUUUCACUGCCCUGCCCGUUAUCAUCGUUGGACUUUUUGAGAAGGACGUCAGUGAAUCUCUUUCCAAGAAGUACCCUGAGUUAUACCGGGAGGGAAUAAGAAAUACCUUCUUCAAAUGGAGAGUUGUGGGGACUCAUGCUUUCUUUUCAAUUUACCAGUCGCUAAUCUUCUAUUAUUUUGUGACCACUUCCAGUUCCCGUGGUAAAAAUUCAUCUGGCAGGAUGUUUGGCCUUUGGGAUGUCAGCACAAUGGCCUUCACCUGUGUCGUAGUAACUGUAAACAUUCGUCUUCUUUUGAUGUGUAACACGCUUACAAGGUGGCAUCAUAUUAGUGUUGGGGGAAGCAUUUUGGCAUGGUUCAUAUUUGUCUUUAUAUACUCAGCUAUUCCCGGCGCUAAGGGUAUCUUUACCGUCAUUUAUGUGUUGAUGAGCACAUUCUACUUUUAUCUUGCACUUCUUCUUGUUCCCAUUGUUGCUCUUCUUGGCGACUUCUUAUACCAAGGGGCUCAGAGAUGGUUCUUCCCCUAUGAUUAUCAGAUAGUUCAGGAAAUCCAUAGGCAUGAGCCAGAUUAUAGUUCUGCAGGUUUACUGGAGAUUGGGAACCAGCUCACGCAAGAUGAGGCGAGGAGCUAUGCGAUGGCACAGCUCCCUCGAGAAAAUUCAAAGCACACCGGUUUUGCUUUUGACUCACCCGGCUACGAGUCAUUUUUUGCCUCACAGCAAGGUGUGAAAGCCCCGCAGAAGGCAUGGGAUGUGGUGCGGAGGGCUAGCAUGAAGACACGACCAAACAUACCUCGAAGUAAUUGAACUAGAACAACAUAUUUGUACAAAUCCAUUACUUUUUUGACGGUUAAAAUUAGAAGAAAUUUGUGAAAUUAGGUUGUGACAUAUCCUAGUCUUGAUUCUUCUGAACGGGCUCUCUGUCCCCAGUUUCUCCCAACCUUUAGAACUAUAGUGGUUGUUAGGGCUGUAACAAAGGUACUACUACGAUUUGUGAUUGAAAACAUGGUGAUUUUGAUCAUGCACGUCUUAAAUACAACAUGAAUUUCGCAAAA